AUGUCAAGAGUGAUGUACCUGGGGGAGCUGGAGGAGAUCCUAGACGGGAUCGAGCCAACACAGUUCGUCAAGAUCCAGGAGCCGCUCUUCAAACAGAUCUCCAGAUGCAUAUCCAGCCCUCACUUCCAAAGCCCUCACCUUCAACACACACACACACCUGCUUCACCGACCUUUCCUCUCCUCACAGAGACCAGCUUCCUCCUGGGGAAUGCCCAGAUCGUGGAGUGGCCUGUAGUCUACAGUAAUGAUGGAUUCUGCAAGCUCUCAGGGUUCCACAGGGCUGAGGUUAUGCAGAAGAGCAGCACUUGCAGUUUUAUGUAUGGAGAGCUGACGAACAAGAAGACGAUAGACAAAGUCAGAGAGACCUUUGAUAAUUAUGAGUCCAACUGCUUUGAGGUCCUGCUAUACAGGAAGAACAGGGCGCCAGUGUGGUUCUACAUGCAGGUGGCCCCCAUCAGGAAUGAGAAUGACAAAGUGGUUCUCUUCCUGUGCACCUUCAAAGACAUCACUGUCUUCAAGCAGCCCAUCAAGGAUGAGUCCACUAAGGAUAAGGACGAGUCCACUUCAGGAUGGACCAAGUUUGGACUGCUGACCCGGGCUCUGACACAUAAUAACCGCAACAUCAGCCACCACACCACAUCACAGCAGCUCACUCCUAUGAGCAGCCAUGAGGUCAGCCAACCCAAGCAAUCCCGUCUGGCAGAGGUUCUCCAGCUAGGCUCAGACAUCCUCCCCCAGUACAAGCAGGAGGCUCCUAAGACUCCCCCCCACAUCAUCCUCCACUACUGCACCUUCAAGACCACCUGGGACUGGGUCAUCCUCGUCCUCACCUUUUACACAGCCAUCAUGGUGCCCUAUAAUGUGUCCUUCAAGACCAAGCAGAACAACAUUGUGUGGCUGGUGCUGGACAGUGUGGUGGAUGUCAUCUUCCUGGUGGACAUCGUGCUUAACUUCCACACCACCUUCGUGGGGCCUGGUGGGGAGGUCAUCUCAGACCCCAAGCUGAUCAGGAUGAACUACCUGAAGACCUGGUUUGUCAUAGACCUGCUUUCCUGCCUGCCCUACGACAUCAUCAACGCCUUUGAGAACGUGGAUGAGGGUAUUAGCAGUCUGUUCAGCUCUCUGAAGGUGGUGCGACUGCUGCGUCUGGGCCGGGUAGCCCGUAAACUGGACCACUACCUGGAGUAUGGAGCAGCUGUACUGGUCCUACUGGUGUGUGUGUUUGGCCUGGUGGCCCACUGGCUGGCCUGCAUCUGGUACAGCAUUGGAGACUACGAGGUCAUCGACGAGGUUACCAACACCAUCAAGACGGACAGCUGGCUCUAUCAGUUAGCCAUCAACCUCGGCUCUCCGUACUGCUACAACGCCAGUGGCUCGGGCCAAUGGGAGGGUGGCCCUGGGAAAGACUCUCUGUACAUCACCUCUCUGUACUUCACCAUGACCAGUCUGACCACCAUCGGGUUUGGCAACAUCGCCCCCACCACGGACGGAGAGAAGAUCUUCUCUGUGGCCAUGAUGAUGGUGGGAUCUCUUCUGUACGCCACCAUCUUUGGAAAUGUGACCACCAUCUUCCAGCAGAUGUACGCUAACACCAAUCGCUACCAUGAGAUGCUGACCAACGUGAGGGACUUCCUCAAGCUCUACCAGGUGCCCAAUGGGCUGAGUGAGAGGGUGAUGGACUACAUCGUCUCCACAUGGUCCAUGUCCAAGGGCAUUGACACUGAGAAGGUGCUGUCCAUCUGUCCUAAGGACAUGCGGGCUGACAUCUGUGUCCACCUGAACCGGAAGGUGUUCAAUGAACACCCAGCAUUCCGCCUGGCCAGUGACGGCUGCCUGCGAUCGCUAGCCGGGGAGUUCCAGACCAUCCACUGCGCCCCCGGGGACCUAAUCUUCCAUGCUGGGGAGAGCGUCGACACCCUCUGCUUCGUGGUGUCGGGGUCACUGGAGGUCAUCCAGGACGAUGAGGUCAUCGCCAUUCUAGGUAAAGGAGAUGUGUUUGGCGAUGUGUUUUGGAAAGAGACCACUCUUGCACACGCGUGUGCUAACGUGCGGGCGCUGACGUACUGCGACCUGCACAUCAUCAAGAGAGAGGCACUGCUCAAGGUUCUGGAGUUCUACACAGCCUUCGCUAAUUCUUUCUCACGCAACCUCAUCCUCACCUGCAACCUACGCAAACGGUGUGACCGAUGUGGGAAGAGGAUGAUGGGCAGGGUUUCCUAG